AUGUCCAACCAUCCAGCAAUUUGUUCCUAUAUUCACAUAAAUCAAUUCCAUCAGGAAUCAAUCAUGACGUCAUUUGACAUUAAUCAUAGGGCCGAACGCGAGAAAGUGAAAGUGAAAUUCUUCCAGCAAUCCAAACCACUGGAAGUCGACCUGCCGAAUGAGACGAUCUUUCCCGAAACGAAUUUCCUGAUGAUGGCGUCUCCUGUAACGAUUAACGAAACCAACCACGUGGUCUACAACAGAACUGAAAGGUAA